GUCUGACGAGACUGACGGUCGGAUGUGUUGCAGUCGUUUUGCUGGCUACAUUUUUGUUGCGCUGUUAGUGCCGCGGUCGUCGGUAGCGCAAAUUAUCCAACAUUCUACGAUUGUGAGAAAUAAAAUUUGACCCCUCGCAGUAGCAGCGAAUGCGACGAUAAUGUUGAUAAACAGACAAAAUAAGUUAAUCGAGUGAAAAAUUAUCCCCCACUACAAUGCCGCGCGGGUUGUGCUGCUAGAUCGGGGUAGAUUUUUGUGGGUCAACGUAAGCCGUGUGCAGUGUACCAGGCGCGUCAAGAGAAGUGUCAGUGGAAGCCAAGUGAGAUGCACUGUUUUGUGCGUGUUAUUGUCAUUUCCGACCCUGCCGAGUGAACGGGUGGCUGUUUUCAAUCGGAAUUAUUUACAUCUUGAAUGGUUUGCAGCGUUUGCAGUGCGUGCUAAUAGUAAUAUUAUGUGAUUUCAUUCGUGCUGCGUAAUGUCACAGUGCUGGUAAAUGGUGGUCACCAAUUAGUGGGAAAAGAAAGUGUAGGGAACGAAAAUGUAUGCAAGAAAGUCGCCGUACAAUCGUGUAGUAGCAGUUUCACAACAACUACUGUGAACUGUAGUGAAUAUGUAAUUAGCAAACGAAGAGGUGAAGCCAAUUGAUAAACAAAUCCAAGUCAACAAACACGUGACAUGAGAGUGUGUCAACCGGGUAAAGGUGAUUCAUAUGAGUGUUGAAGAUUUGCAAACGAGCAGGUGAAAGGGGUUGAAUGUUUAGGUUGGGUUUUAAAGUGAAAACAGGUACCGUCACGAUGGCUUGCGUAAGAGUGUUUGAAGAAUCGUCAGUGCUUUCAAAAAUGUUCCAAGAAGAAUUCCAAACAGUGCACAGUAAGAAGCAUCAUUGUUGUUCCCACUAAGUGGGAAGAUGUGGACGAGUGAUCUAGUUCAAUUCGGAAAUUUGAGAACCGAACGGCAUUUUUAUGAUACGUCGUCGUUGCCACUUCAUCAACAUUCUGGAGAUCGGUUGUUGAAGGUACCAGCAACCAUAGCAGUGUGAUAGCCAAAGCUAAAGUGUAGAGCAGGUGCUGCAAGUCCACGAAAAUAUGCAACAGGUGCGGGACUUCCUGAACGGAGUCACCAUCAGGAUCCGGAGAAGCCAUAACAUUCCGCAGUUUUGCUGGAAGAAGCAGGUCAAAGCGAGGCGACGAAAUGACGACGAUGCCACGACGUCCGGAGUAACGUUGGACGAUACUGAUAAGCGUGUGAUACUGUUGAAUCAAGCUCAACGACAAAAGUACUGCAACAAUCAUAUCUCGACGGCAAAGUAUAGCGCAAUAACUUUUAUACCAUCGUUUUUGUUCGAGCAGUUCCGGCGGUAUUCGAACUGCUUCUUUCUGUUCAUCGCACUGCUGCAGCAGAUUCCGGACGUUUCGCCAACCGGUCGUUACACAACCCUUGUACCUUUGUUAUUUAUUCUCUCGGUGAGCGCCCUCAAGGAGAUCAUCGAGGACAUCAAGCGGCACCGGGCGGACGAUGAGAUCAACCACCGGGAGAUCGAAACCCUCCAGGGUGGCCAGUGGCGAUGGAUCAAGUGGAAAGAGCUGUCCGUCGGCGACAUCGUCAAAGUGCAGAACAAUACCUUCUUCCCGGCCGAUCUGGUGCAGCUGUCGUCGAGCGAACCGCAGGGCAUAUCAUUCAUCGAGACGUCCAACCUGGACGGCGAAACGAAUCUCAAGAUUCGACAGGGCGUUUCCGCCACGGCCAAAAUCCUCGAAACCAAAGAUUUUAUCCAGUUUUCCGGUACGCUGGAAAGCGAACCACCCAACCGGCAUUUAUACGAGUUCAACGGGGUGCUGAAGGAGACCGGCAAGUCAGCCGUCGCCCUCGGUCCGGACCAGCUCCUGCUGCGAGGUGCCAUGCUUCGCAACACCUCCUGGGUAUUCGGAAUCGUCAUCUACACCGGACACGAUACGAAACUUAUGCGAAACUCUACCUCAGCGCCGCUUAAGCGCUCAACUGUUGACAGACUGACAAAUACGCAAAUUUUAAUGUUAUUUUUCAUUCUAAUUUUCCUUUGCAUCGUAAGUUGCAUAUUCAAUCAAAUCUGGACAAAGGAGCACUACAAAACCGAUUGGUACUUAGGCAUAAGUGAUUUAUUAAGUAAAAACUUUGCCUACAAUCUGCUUACGUUUAUAAUUUUGUAUAAUAAUUUAAUUCCGAUAUCACUUCAAGUUACGUUAGAGCUAGUUAGGUUUCUACAGGCAAUCUUCAUCAACAUGGACAUUGACAUGUACCACGAGGAAUCGGACACCCCGGCGAUGGCCCGAACUUCGAACCUGAACGAAGAGCUCGGUAUGGUCAAGUACAUCUUCUCGGACAAAACCGGCACCCUGACGCGGAACGUGAUGGAGUUCAAAAAGUGCUCGAUUGCGCGAACGAUCUACUCGCCGGAGGAGAAUCCCGCCCAGUCGCAGCUGGUUCAGCACAUAAUGAACAACCACCACACGGCCGCCAUACUGCGCGAGUUCCUGACGCUGAUGGCCAUCUGCCACACGGUGAUACCGGAGAAGAGCGAUAACGAUAACAUCCAGUACCAUGCGGCCAGCCCGGACGAGCGCGCCCUGGUGUACGGUGCGAAACGGUUCGGGUACGUGUUCCACACGCGAACGCCGUCCUUCGUCGAGAUUGAUGCUCUCGGUGUUCAGGAGCAGUUUGAGAUCCUGAACGUGCUGGAAUUUACCUCCACUCGCAAGCGGAUGUCGGUCAUUGCCAAGAAUUCCAAGGGGGAGAUCAAGCUGUACUGCAAAGGAGCGGAUACGGUGAUCUACGAGCGGCUGUCCUCGAACGGGCAAGCCUACCGGGAAGCUACGCUUCAGCACCUGGAGGAAUUUGCGACCGAAGGUCUCCGGACGCUGUGUUGCGCGGUGUCCAACAUUCCCGACGACGUGUACGACGACUGGAAGCACACGUACCAUAAAGCAUCGACCUCGCUGCAGUACCGGGAACAGAAGGUGGAGGAUGCGGCCAAUCUGAUCGAGACGAAUCUGAUGCUGCUCGGUGCCACUGCCAUCGAGGAUAAACUGCAGGACGGUGUACCUGAAACGAUUGCCUCGCUGAUCGAGGCCAAGAUAAACGUGUGGGUGCUGACGGGUGAUAAGCAGGAAACUGCAAUCAACAUAGGCUAUUCGUGCAAGCUGCUAUCGCACGGCAUGGACUUAAUUAUUUUAAACGAGGAGAGUUUAGAUAACACAAGAAACUGCAUCCAGAGGCACAUAGCCGAGUUCGGCGACCAGCUGCGGAAGGAGAACAACGUCGCACUGAUAGUGGACGGCAAAACGCUAAAGUAUGCACUGAGCUGUGAUUUGAGGACUGAUUUCCUGGACCUGUGCAUUUCGUGCAAGGCGGUCAUCUGCUGCCGGGUGUCGCCGAUCCAGAAGGCCGACGUGGUAGACCUGGUGACUACCAACACGAAGUCGGUCACGCUGGCCAUCGGUGACGGGGCGAACGAUGUGGCCAUGAUCCAAAAGGCCCACGUCGGAGUGGGCAUCUCCGGCGUCGAGGGGCUGCAGGCAGCCUGUGCGUCCGACUAUUCGAUAGCACAGUUCAGUUAUCUGCGAAAGUUGCUGCUGGUGCACGGAGCGUGGAACUACAGUCGAAUGUGCAAGUUGAUACUGUACAGCUUCUACAAGAACAUCUGUCUGUACGUGAUAGAGCUGUGGUUUGCCAUGUACUCCGGAUGGUCCGGCCAAAUCUUAUUCGAACGAUGGACAAUCGGUUUGUACAAUGUGUUUUUCACGGCAUUGCCACCCUUUGCGAUGGGUCUCUUCGAUAAGGUGACCUCCGCGGAGCAAAUGCUGAAAGAACCAAGGCUCUACGAACCAUCCCAAAGUGCCCAACUAUUUAACGUUAAAGUAUUCUGGUACUGGAUCUUCAAUGCUCUGUUCCACUCGGUGAUCUUAUACUGGCUGCCAAUGUUUUCCUACCAGGGUGACGUGAUCUGGGGGAACGGACGGGACGGUGGUUAUCUAGUGUUAGGAAAUAUAGUUUAUACUUACGUAGUUGUUACGGUGUGUCUGAAGGCUGGUCUGGUGACGAACUCCUGGACGUGGCUGACGCAUUGCUCCAUCUGGGGCUCGAUGGUGCUGUGGUUUAUGUUUAUUUUUAUUUAUAGCAACAUCUGGCCAGCGUUACCGGUGGGAGCGGUAUUCACCGGUAUGGAUGAUAUGAUUUUCUCGUCACCCGCGUUUUGGUUGGGUCUGUUCCUGAUACCAAUUACGGCACUUCUGCCCGAUAUUGUAGUCAAAGUGAUAAAGAACCGAAAUCAAAGUUUGGCAACACCGCAGCCCAUCAAGGAGUCGCGCUCUUCAUGGUUUCGCCUUUUCGCAAGAGGAAGGUGGCAACGUGACGCAAACCGACGUUAUCAGAGCCUACGACACCAAUCUGCCCAAACCGGAUGGGAACUGAGAGUGCCGACUCGAUUUUUACUACGAAAACUAUUUUUCCGUGUGCUAAAACGCAAACGCAAACGUCACCACCACAACUAUCAGCAACAUCGCAGUCAUCAGAGCAGCUUACUUCGUGUACUCUAAUGUGUCUCUAUCCGACAUCGAUCGUGAUCGUCGAUCCCAAAAUGGCAUCUUUACCUGUGUGAGGGAAAAGCCUAGCAAGAGGAAAGAGAUACCCGCGUAAGUAUGUUUGUGUAAAUGUAUCUGUAUAGUCACUAUCAGUUAUAUAAUAUAAGUAUAUUUGUGUCAGAAUGUCAGAAAACAAACUGUUUAACGUCUAAGCGGCCAGGGUAUAUUUAUAGUAGAGGAAAAUUGAGAUUAUUUAUUUUAUGUGAAAGUAUUUAUAGCAGUUAGUAUAUGUAUAGUUUUCUAAGUUGGCGAUCGAAAUUUCGAGGGAUGAAAAUGAAGGAAAAAAGGUAAUAUCAAGAAAAAAGUAUUAUUUUUGUACCAAAAAAAGAAUACGAAACAAAUCAACUAUACAAACUAUAGAAGCUUUUGUCUUAUUCAAAUAACUUUCUCGGAAAAUACUUUUUUUAUUUCCAUGUUUUUUAAAAACUUCGACAGGAGGCUUUUUUUCUACUUUUAGUACACAGUUUAGUUUUCUACGAUAAAAAAAAGUUAACAUUGGGGGAAUAAAAACGUCAAAAGGGAGUUCACUCUAGAAUAGAAAGGAAAAAAAAAUCUACUAUUAACAGAACUUGUACUUUCACUCGACACCAGCCCAAGAAGAAUCUAAAACGUAAAAUGAAGAAUUUGUUCGCGCCUUGAUAACGAAAAAUAACUAACACUAACAAAACAUUGGAAAUUAUUACCUAAACUUAUUGAAUAGAUAUCACAAGUGUGAACACAAAACAAACAAUGGAAACCAAACAAAUUAACUGUGGAGCAAAACAAAAGAGGAAACAACUAACUAACUUAGUUGAUGGAACAACGGUAACAACACAUACACACACACACACAAACUUUCACCUUAAAUCAGUAGCCACUAAAGGUAACGGAAGAUUAUAUUAGAUUAGAUUAGUCUGUAGAAGAGGUUCUCAGUUUCUCCAAUCAUCAAUCUGGAUUCGGAGAUCACUAUAUAAGGGGCGACCUACCGAACCGCGUAACGUUUGAAUGUACUGAAUUAACUGUCUGUUGUUGGGAGGGACUAAUUGAAACCAGUGAAUAAAGAAUAAACGAAAAUUAUCCGA